UUCCGCGCGGGAUUGGUUUCCCGGUCGGAGACCGGAAGUGAAGGACGUUCGCCGCGCGGGGGGACCUCUUAAAAGGUCGGGAUUUCCGGCCCAACAAUCAAGAGGCGGGCGGGCGCACCAUGGAGCAGGUGACGGAGGGGACGUGGGAAUCGCUGCCCGUGGAGCUCAGCCCGGGGGUCCUGCAGGCUUUGCGGGAGCUGCGCUUCUCUCACAUGACGCCCGUGCAGAGUGCAACGAUCCCUUUAUUUAUGACAAAUAAGGAUGUGGCAGCUGAAGCAGUAACUGGCAGUGGAAAAACACUAGCAUUUGUCAUUCCCCUCAUAGAAAUACUUCUCCGGCGUGAAGAAAAGCUUAAAAAAAUGCAGAUUGGUGCUCUUAUCAUCACUCCCACAAGAGAGCUUGCUAUCCAAAUAGAUGAGGUGAUCUCCCAUUUCAUUAAAUAUUACCCACAGUUCAGUCAGUGCCUUUUGAUUGGUGGGAAAAAUCCGAUGGAAGAUGUCGAAAGAUUCAAAGAACAAGGUGGAAACAUCCUCGUGGCCACCCCGGGUCGUUUGGAGGACAUGUUCAGGAGGAAAUCAGAGGGCCUGGAUUUGGCCAAGGCUGUAAAAUCUCUGGAUAUUUUGGUCUUGGAUGAAGCAGAUCGGCUACUGGACAUGGGGUUCGAAGCAAGUUUGAAUACUAUCCUGGAUUUUCUGCCCAAGCAGAGACGGACAGGGCUCUUCUCUGCAACUCAGACCCAAGAGGUGGAAAACUUGGUGAGAGCAGGACUCCGAAACCCCGUCCGGAUCUCGGUGAAGGAGAAAGGAAUGGCAGCGACCAACACCCAGAAGACUCCCACUCGGCUCCAAAACUAUUACAUGAUCUGCAAGGCCGACGAGAAAUUUAACCAGCUGGUUCACUUCCUUCGUCAACACAAACCAGAAAAGCAUCUUGUCUUUUUCAGUACCUGUGCUUGCGUGGAAUAUUAUGGGAAGGCUUUGGAGUCUUUGAUUAAGAAUGUGAAAAUCAUGUGCAUCCACGGGAAGAUGAAACACAAGAGGAACAGGAUCUUUACAGAGUUCCGGAAACUUCCAAGCGGCAUCCUGGUGUGUACCGACGUGAUGGCCCGUGGCAUAGACAUCCCAGAGGUGAACUGGGUUUUGCAGUACGACCCACCAAGCAGCGCAAGUGCUUUCGUGCAUCGCUGCGGCCGCACGGCCCGUAUCGGCCACCUGGGCAGCGCCCUCGUUUUCUUACUUCCUAUGGAAGAAGCUUACAUCAGUUUCCUGGCCAUUAACCAAAAGUGCCCCAUGGAGGAACUGAGACCGCAGAGGAACGUCACGGAUGUCCUCCCUAAGCUGAAGUCGCUGAGUCUGGCUGACCGAGCCAUGUAUGAAAAAGGGAUGAAGGCUUUCGUCUCUUGCGUCCAAGCCUACGCCAAGCACGAGUGCAACCUCAUCUUCCGAAUAAAAGAUCUGGACUUUGCCAGCCUCGCCCGAGGUUUUGCCCUCUUGAAGAUGCCAAAGAUGCCGGAGCUGAAAUGGAAAGACCUCUCGGGCUUCACCCCCGUUGAUAUCGACACGGAUUCAAUCGCGUUCAAAGACAAGAACAGGGAAAGGCAGAGGCAGAAGCUGUUGGAGCAACGGAAGGCAGACGGCCCCGUCCGCAGGAUGGGGAGGAAGACGCCCCGAAAUCAACCUUGGUCCAAGCAGAAAGCCAAGAAGGAGAAGAAAAGGAAAUUGGUAGCGAAACGGAAAAGGGAGGAGGGUUCUGACCUUGACAACGAGGAUAUGGAGGAGCUUCUGAACGAUACACGGCUUUUGAAAAAACUCAAAAGGGGUAAAAUCAGCGAGAAGGAGUUUGAGAAGACGCUGCUGGGCAGUAGGAAAGGAGGAAGCGGCUCGGAGUCAGAAGGAUAAAAAAAAAACGAAGUGAAAACAUCAGUGUUUCUGGCCUCAAUACAGACUCUUUGGCUGGGGUGCUGAAAUUCCUUAAACCUCGACUGGAUUUCUUCGUGCAAAAUUGGGACGAUCCAAGCUGUUUUCCUCUUAUUCCCACUGGAGGCACUGCAAGCCAAUUCUGUAAGAAGAAUCAGUCUGUCUAAUUUAGUACUGUCUGCUUGCAGUGGAAGUAAAAGGAUUUGGAGACAUCAUUUAGCCCCCGCUGUU